GGCUAGUCUUGAUGAAAUCACUCCUUUUAUUUGCCUGGCCUUUGCUUCAACCAGAUCGCUCAAUCCCACUAACCUCCCCUACCAAUAAACCUGAAAUUCCUCCCGCACCAAACAAGCAGCAGAAAAAAAGACCCAAAGACUUUCUUAUCUAUCUGUUGCUUUCGACCUCUCUUUUUUACUUUCCCACCUUAACUUACCAAACAAAAACAACAACAACAACAACAGCACAAACAUACAAACAUCGCCGACAGUCUUUAAUAACAGCUACGAUAACAACAUAGCAAUUUGUAUCACCAAGACCAUUCACCAAGAUCAUUCACUAUGGCCUCUAAUGAUCCCACUGCCAAUGGCAGCUCUAUUGACUCUUUGAAAGGCAAUGCUACAGCUGCCUACAACCAGAUCGCAAGCGGCCCUGUGGCCCAGAACGUCAAGGACCAGACUGCGAAGACAUCUGCCGAGUUUUCCAACCUAGCCAAUGCCCGGCAAACACCUUCGCAGGUCGCUGCUACCGGUCAACCUUUGACCCAUUAUCAUUCGUUCUUCUCGGAGCUCUUGUCAUGGAACAACCCUCGAGCCUCUGCCAUCGCCUACGCUUCUAUCGUCUCGGCCAUCUUCGUGGCUAGAUACCUCGACGUCAUCCGAUACACCUUCAAGCUCUCAUAUAUGGCCUUGGCCGUUACCAUCCUUGCUGAAGUUGCCGGAAAAGCUGUCCUUGGCAACGGUCUUACUACCCAGUUCCGACCCAGCAAGUACUACACCAUUCCCCGGGAGACACUUGACGCCUUGAUCGGCGACGCCCAUGAACUCCUUAACUUCUUUGUUAUUGAGUCUCAGCGAAUCCUAUUUGCCGAGAAUGUCACCGCCUCAGUUGUUGCUGCCGUUGGAGCAUUCCUUUCCUACUACUUGGUUAAGAUUGUCCCUUACUGGGGCCUUGCCUUGAUCUCCACUACACUCUUGUUCUUCGUGCCUCUAGUCUACGCAACCAACCAGGAACUCAUUGACCACUACCUUAAGCAGGCCUCUGAUAUGAUUGACAGCCAAACCGAGCAGCUACGUGAAGUUGCUGGCAAGUACACUUCUCAGGCGACUGGGCUCACUAAGCAAUACGUAGGUGACUACGCUGCUAAGGCCCAGCAAAUUCUCCAUGGCCAAACUAAGGCUGCGUCAAAGCCUACUCAGACCAACCUAAAGGAGUCUGACUUCCCUAAGACCCCCAAGGAGACCUUCCAGAACAAGCAGGAGGAAUCUUCUGAAGAGGAAUCUGAGGAUGAGGAGGAGCCUCUGGUCGCUGCUUAGACGAGCUCUGAGCAGUGUGACCGACGAUGGACCAUCUCCUAGAUACAUAAUUUUGUCACCCACCUCUGUUUCUAAGACCCGACUGGCACGGCACGGCGACUUGAUAUGACUCAUGGCAUAGAAAGAUACGCGAGACUGAGGAAUUUUCCAAAGCUUCCUGGAUGGGGGCCAAAUAGUUUUUUUUUCGCCUACGACUUUCCUUGACAAUGGCAAUGGGCCGCUCUAGGCGGGAUUUGGUUCUGACGUGGAGCUAACGGUUUAAUUUACCUAAACAAAUCGGUUCUCUCUUUUCGGCUUUGGCAAUCUUCUCUUGCGAUGGCUGGUGUCCUAGUCCCACCCGAUAAGUCGAUGCUGCAUCCAACCAGACAUACAGACAGAACGCAAGCAUUGAACUGUGAUAGGCGUUGGAGUGGUGUUGUUGAUGGACGGUGGACAGCGGUGUAAGAAUGAGAGAAACGAGAACGAAACGGUCGAGAGAAGGAACAUGUGAUUUAGUUAGGGCGGACGAUAGGUAUUUUCAGUGGUUGGCAGGGUGAGUGAGUGGAUGGAUGGACGGAUGGAUGGAUGAAACGAAACGAGAAUGGCUUUUGCAGUAGCAGUAGUACCAUCGAUGAAUGUUUGUGUUAGUUACGUGAGUGGCGGGGAUCGCGAUGGUAUGAAUAAACAGUCCAGUGCAGACAGAGAAGUGCGAUGCGGUGAACCUGAGCUUAGUAAGAUAGUAAUUUCGACUAUUUCCCUUU